UCCAUCACGGAUGCUUUACUUACAAGCCCGUUCUUCUACUUCCUUUCCCAUCCCCGUAUCUUUCCUCACCUUAUACCCAAUGGAGAGGGGAGAGAGAACAAAAAGAUAAAGAGGGGUGAAAGUUUGGAUUUCGUCAUCUUUUUCUCCUCACCUCUCAAUCUCUUUCCUCCACUCCCCACUCAAUACUUUUCAUAAAAAUGACUCUAAACACUGCUGCCUUUGCUCUCUUGUGUUGUCUUUCACUCUCCAUCCUUGUUGGUGCUGAUAAUCCAUAUAGGUUCUUCACUUGGAAUGUGUCUUUUGGAGACAUCUAUCCUCUUGGUGUAAGGCAACAGGGGAUACUGAUCAAUGGGCAAUUCCCGGGGCCAGAUAUCUACUCUGUCACCAAUGACAAUCUCAUUAUAAAUGUGCACAAUAGCUUGAGCGAGCCCUUCCUCAUCUCAUGGAAUGGAGUGCAGCAAAGGAGGAACUCAUGGGAGGAUGGGGUCUCGGGAACCAACUGCCCAAUUCCGCCAGGUAAGAACUUCACCUACAUUUUGCAGGUGAAGGACCAAAUUGGCAGCUUCUUCUACUUCCCCUCACUCUACUUCCAUAAGGCGGCCGGUGGCUUCGGUGGAUUCCGAAUCCUCAGCCGGCCCCUCAUUCCAGUCCCAUUCUCGGAGCCGGCCGGCGACUACACCGUCCUCAUCGGUGAUUGGUACAAGGCAAAUCACACGGCUCUGAGAGCCACGCUAGACGGUGGCAAGAAGCUCCCUUUCCCGGAUGGCAUUCUCAUCAACGGCCGUGGCCCCAACGGCGCUUAUUUUACAGUGGAUCAAGGCAAGACUUACCGGCUUCGGAUCUCAAAUGUGGGGCUCCAAAAUUCGCUAAACAUCCGCAUCCAAAAUCACACGAUGAAGCUGGUGGAGGUGGAAGGCACGCACACACUCCAAAGUAGUUACUCAUCCAUCGACGUCCAUGUCGGCCAGUCGUUAUCGGUUCUUGUUACGGCCGACCAGUCACCGAAGGACUAUUAUAUUGCCGUCUCUACCCGUUUCACCACCAUCAUCCUCACCACCACUGCUGUUCUCCACUACAGUAACUCCGGGCAAAAGGUUACUGGCCUAAUUCCUGGUGGGCCAACCACCCAGAUUGACUGGUCUCUUAAUCAGGCCCGUUCAUUUAGGACUAACCUCACUGCAAGCGGACCAAGGCCUAACCCCCAAGGUUCAUACCACUACGGCAUGAUCAAUCUCACUCGGACCAUCCGGCUCGCCAGCUCGGCCGCCCAGGUGAAUGGCAAGCAACGCUAUGCAGUUAACAGCGUGUCCUACGUCGAGCCAGACACCCCCUUAAAACUCGCCGACUACUACAAGAUUGGAGGAGUUUUCCGGCUUGGCAGCAUCUCCGACAACCCCACAGGUGGAAAGGAGUACCUCGACACCUCAGUCAUGGCUGCCGACUACCGAGUCUUUGUGGAGAUUGUGUUCCAGAACAAUGAGGACAUUGUCCAGAGCUGGCAUCUUGAUGGCUAUAACUUCUGGGUUGUGGGGAUGGAUGGAGGUCAGUGGAGCUCAGAUAGCAGAAAAGGUUAUAAUCUUAGAGAUGCAGUAUCUCGCUGCACUACCCAAGUAUAUCCCAAGUCAUGGACUGCAGUAUAUCUUAUGCUUGACAAUGUUGGGAUGUGGAAUGUAAGGACUGAGUAUUGGGCGCGUCAGUAUCUCGGGCAGCAAUUUUAUCUGCGUGUAUACUCUCCACUUGAAUCAAUAAGGGAUGAGUAUCCCAUCCCCAAGAAUGCCCUGCUCUGUGGCAGAGCAAGCGGCCGUCAGACUCGCCCUCUCUGAACUUGGCCAUGGAAGAUAAAGACAGUGCUUCAGCAAAAGGAAACUAUAGGGACUCAGUAGAUCAAACUUGAUAUGCCCGAAUUCUAUUUAUUGGUUGCAGGAAAUGUUGGUUGGUAUCAAGUCAAAGGUAUAGAUGAUGUGGUAGUGUUCUCUUCCCAAAGGGAACUAAUAUUUCCUUUCAAGGGAUAUAUAUUUCAUUAGCUUAAUGAAAUUAUGUUUAGUUUUAUAUAUGUAUGGAAUUAGUUGAUUAAUCUUUAUAUGGAUGUGUACGAAUUCUAU